AUGGCAGUUGAAAUCGACGACCACCAGGACAUCUUCGCCGCCGCCAGCGUGGCUCAGAUCCAUGAAGCCCUCGGCCAAUUGCAUGAGCAGGAGGCCAGCGUCACCCAGCGCCUAAACGCCCUCAUCGCCUCGCAGAAGGAUCUCUCGCGCGAACUCGGUCGCCUCGAUCUGUUGCGCGCCCACCUCGGCACCCAAGCGGUCAACACGCGAGCCAUUAGCAGUGGCAUGCUCUCCGACGCCGCCUCGACUGCGAACCGAAUCUCCAGCGCCGUCAAGCGAUUAGACCAGGAACAGUCCAAUGUCAAGGCCACACUCGAGGUGGUGGAGCAGGUGGCUGAACUGAAGGCAUGCGUGCUGGGCGUACAUGGGUCUAUGGGAGCUCCCCAGGACUGGGAGACGGCAGCAGGCUAUCUCAGUCGCGCCGCCAAGAUACCCGACGACGUCGUAAAUGGCAGCUUCGCAGAGGAGAUUGUACCUACGGCCGAGGUGCCUGACCCGCCGCGCGUGACACUAGAUGCAGCAGCGGAGUCGCUGUGUGGCCUGUUCCUGCGCGAGUUUGAAAAGGCUGCGCAAGAAGGCGACGGCUCCAAGGUGACGAGGUUCUUCAAGCUGUUCCCGCUGAUCGGACGGACAAAUGUAGGACUGGAUGCAUAUGGCCGCUAUGUCUGCCAGGGAGUAGCUUCACGGGCGCGGACAAACUUCAACUCGGCCGCGCCUGCCCAGAGGAAUGAGGGUUUCUUCUACGGCAACACCAUCACGAAGCUGUUCGAGCACAUUGCCCAGAUUGUCGACGGCCAUGAGCCACUAGUAGAGCGCCACUACGGACCAGGCAUGAUGCAGAAGGUCAUUGAACGUUUGCAGAUUGAGGCUGAUGUCCAAGGUGGUAUUGUGCUGGACACAUGGCAUGAGGAGCGCCACAUUGACCGCAAACUUACCGAUAUCAAAUCAUAUGCCUUUUCCUUCCUUGUCCAAAGCUUCUUGCCUUCCCAAAAACCCGCCGCCGGAACACCGCGCUCUAGUUCUCCAGCCAACGGUGCUGGCCGGGCAAGCGAGGAUGAAGGAGUGGACAUGAAAGAGAUUGACGGUUUGCUUGGAGAGGGUGCGCUGAUGUUGGGACGCUAUGCCCUGUAUGCGCGCUUCCUCUCAGAUAAGUGUGCACCCUCCGAACCUGAAGACCGCAUCGACUACGGUCUGGUGAUGCCCAACUUCCUUGCUACCAGUAAUCUCCACAAGAAAGUCAACAGCCACCUCAUUGAGCCUGUCAAUGCAAUGACGACCUUCUUCUUCCGACGAUCGGUGGAGAAAGCUUUCCAGUUGGACGAACCACCAGCAGAUCUUACACUGAACCCUACCAAGCCUCUUGGAUCCAACCCACCCUUCAUUACCUCCGCUGUAGACGAUGUCAUGUACAUUGUCAAUCAGGUCAUUCAGCGGACACUAGCAACUUCGCAACGUGCCGUCGUCUCUAGCGUCGUGCCUGCGGUCAGCCACAUCCUAGGCGCCGAGUUCAUCGGCAUGAUACAACGGAAGAUGCGCGACGAAAGCUACCCCAAACCCGUCAUUCAGGGUGGUCUUCCUCCAGAGGACAAGGUCAUUGCGUUCCUGGUGCUCAUCAACAAUCUCGAUAUUGCAAACGACUACGUCAAGCGCAUAGUCCAGCAGCAGCUGGGUCGCCAAUCACAAGGCGGCGAAGACGACGUGAAGUCGCCACUGCACGACCUCUUCCCAUUCGGACAUGAUGCGGUCUUUGUGGAGAACACAUUGAAAGCAAUGGAGAAAGCCUUCGCAUCCAAGAGCGGAGAUUUGCUCAACGACGGCAUCACCGUACUGUUCUCCAACGUCCUAAAGCCUCGCAUUCGACCCAUCCUGGCUGAAGCAUUCCGAGACGUCAAAUACGAUCCUGAGGAUGGCGAGAACGAGGAUGAAGAGGAAGAGGACGUCGAUGUGGUAAAGUCGCGUUUCGAUCGCGGCUGGGGAGUCGUGAUCCGUCCCAUCAAGCGCAUCUUGACCUCAGCGAACUUCGACCGACUCCUCGCUCUAGGUCUGAACUCUCUUGCAUCUUCGCUCGAGAAGCGCAUCAAGAGCUAUUACGGAAGAGUGAAUGAGUUGGGUGCUGUUAGACUCGAGCGCGACAUCUCCGGCAUCAUCACAGCGGCUACAAGUGGCGGUGCCUACUCACUCCGCGAUGUAUUCCAAAAGAGUACGCAGAUGACUCUGAUUCUCAACAUGGAAGACGAUGAGUUUGCAGAAGUGGCGGAAGAUACAUCGGGCGACUCGGGCAUACCCUGGGUGUUGGAUGUUGAAGAGAGGAAGCGAGUAAGAGCCAUCGUCAAAGGCUGA